AUGAAAGACAAAGACAUCAUAAAAAAGACGGAGAAGCGGUUCAACAACCGCAUUGGCAAGAUCUACGGCGCCUGCAGGAAGGGCUUGCGACUGUUACGGGGCGUGAGGCUGUUCGUGAUUAAGCGUGCGCCAAACGGGACCAUUCGAGCAGUGGAGCCGGACGACUUCGACACCCGCUGCCAUAGUUACGUGGCUAUGUACGGCGGCAGGAUGAAGGGCAUAGAGUGGCACCUGCUUAACGACCACCCUUCUUCCAGCCCAGCAUUCAUGGCGUGUGCGCGCCAGUUUGUGACACAGGAUGACCCAGACCGCCCACUUGGGAUCUAUGCGUCACAGCUCCAACUCAUUCUGGCAGUCGUUCAUUUUAAGCUUCGUCACCCCACUUGCAACAAGCUUCAGCUUGGUCGCACUGGUGACACUCUCGCCAUCUCCAGGCAAGCGCGCAUUGUGCAGCGCUAUAUCAACAGCAUGGGCCGGACUGAGGGCGAGUACAUAGGCAUAGGGCGGAUCUGUAUAGCGCAGUGGGUGACCAUCCCCCAGGAGGUUCUGGAUGCGGAUGUACUGAAGAAUGAGGAUGCGGAGGAUGAGUUUGAUGAUGAUGAGGUGGUAGAUGAGGAUGCUGAUGAUGAAUCUUCAAUGCUAGCUUCUCUCGCUCGUUUCCCCCCCUUCCCCCUGUCGUUUCCCCCCCCUUCCCCCUCGCGUUUACACCCCUUCCCCCUCUCAUUUACCCCCCUUCCCGCUCUCAUUCCCCCCCCUUCUCCCUUGAGUUUCCUCCCCUCCUCCCUCUCAUGUCCCCCCCAUCUCCCUCUCAUUUCCCUCUGUUCUCCCCCACAUUCACCCCAUGACCCCCCUCAUCCCCCCCCCCUUCUCCCUCUCGUUUCCCCCCCCUUCUCCCUCUCGUUUCCCCCCCCUUCUCCCUCUCGUUCCCCCCCCCUUCUCCCUCUCGUUUCCCCCCCCUUCUCCCUCUCGUUUCCCCCCCCUUCUCCCUCUCGUUUCCCCCCCCCCCCUUCUCCCUCUCGUUUCCCCCCCCCCUUCUCCCUCUCGUUCCCCCCCCCCCUUCUCCCUCUCGUUUCCCCCCCUUUCCCCUCUCGUUUAUCCCCCUUCCCCCUCUCAUUACCCCCCCUUCUCCUUCUCAUUUUCGCCCCUUCUCCCUCUCAUUUCCCCUCUUGCUCCCUCUCAUGUCCCCCCUUUCCCCUUCUCAUAUUCCCCCCUCCCCCCUCUCAUGUCCCCCGUUUCUACUUCUCAUUUUUCCCCAUUCUCCCUCUCAUUCCCCCCCCCUUCUCAAGCUCACUUCCCCCUUUUCUCCCUCUCAUUUCCCCUCAUGUGCCCCCUCAUUCCCCUCCCCCCUUCCCCCUCUCGUUACCCCCCCAUUCACCUGCUCAUUUCUUCCCCUUCUCCCUCUCAUUGCCCAAUUCGCUGCCUCUCAUUUUUGCCCCUUCUCCCUCUCAUUCACCCCCCCUUCUCCCUCUCGUUUCCCCACCUUCCCCCUCUCGUUUACCCCCCUCCCCCCUCUCAUGUCCCCCCUUUCUAUUUCUCAUUUUUCCCCAUUCUCCCUCUCAUUCCCCAACCCCCCUUCUCAAGCUCACUUCCCCCCUUUCUCCCUCCCAUUUCCCCUCAUGUGCCCCCUCAUUCCCCCCCUUUCCCCCUCUCGUUUCCCCCCCAUUCACCUGCUCAUUUCCUCCCCUUCUCCCUCUCAUUUCCCCAUUCUCUGCCUUAAAAUUUUUUAUCUCCCUUUCCCUCUCUGGCAUUCACCCUGCUUCUCCCUUUCCCCUCUCUUCCCUGCACCCUUCUUCCCGCUUUCCCCUCUCUUCCCUACACCCUUCUUCCCGCUUUCCCCUCUCUUCCCUACACACUUCUUCCCGCUUUCCCCUCUCUUCCCUACACCCUUCUUCUCGCUUUCCCCUCUCUUCCCUACACCCUUCUUCCCGCUUUCCCCUCUCUUCCCUACACCCUUCUUCCCGCUUUCCCCUCUCUUCCCUAAACCCUUCUUCCCGCUUUCCCCUCUCUUCCCUACACCCUUCUUCCCGCUAUCCCCCCUCUGCCUUACACCCUUUUCCCCCCUUUCCCCACUCUGCCUUACCCCCUUCAUCCACGUUUCCACCCUCUCUACGUUACGCCCUGCUUCCCCUUUUCCACUGUCUCCCUUAA